AUGUCAAUUACUUUAAUAGCAAAGACUAUUUUAUCUGAAAUAAAUAAAGUUAUUAGUGAAAUAAAUGCUAACAAUGGAACAAGUGAUGAUUUUAAAGAAUUAAUCACUGAAAUAAAUAUUUUAACGGAAAAAUUAAAAGACUCUGAGACAAAUGUUCGAAAUUUAUUUGAGUUAAUUGAACAAGAAAAUAAAACACCGGAUGAUGCAAUUUAUAUUACUGAAAAUAACCAAUUAAGAUACAUCAUUCCUUAUAACAUUAUUAAACCUCACAUACCAGAAAUUAAUAAACUUGAAAGUAAUUGUAAUUGUCAAAAGGAGCAUUCAUUUAGGUUUGAAAAUUUAAGUGAUUGUGUUGUUAUAAAAGAUGAAAAUAUGUUAAUUGAGAUAGAUUCACAGUUAGAAACGGUGUUUAUAGAAAUAUUCGGUCAUUAUUAUAGAACUUAUAAUCCUUUUAUAUGCUGGAUGACUUUAUUGGAUAUAAAAGGAAAAUUGUAUAUUGUUGAUGUGUUGAAAUUUAGGAUGAUUUUGCCUAAAUUACGGUUGUUAAAUUGUGGUGUUGAUAAAAUAAUUCAUUGUAGAGAAUGUGUUAGAUAUCUUGAAAGAGAUUUUGGUAAAAUUGGAUGCUAUAUAAAUUUACCAAGAGAAAUUAAAUGUGAUGUUUCACUAUUUGAUUAUAGAAUACGACCUUUAAAUGAUAUUUUUAUUAAUUUGAUGAAAAGUUCAGUAAACGAUAACGUUUUUGAAUUAAAUUCUAAUAUCUCUUUUGAAAAAUAUCAAGGAUUAGAAGAAAAGUCAAUUGAUGAUAUGAUUGAUGAUUUUAAUGAUAAAUUAGAUAUUAAUUAUAAAAUUGAUAAUCUUGAUAAAGUACUUCAAUUUAGAGAAUUUUUAGCAAAAGAAUCAAAUGAAAGUCAAGAAUUUGUAAUGACUGAUAUGCAGGUUUUAACAUUUAUAGAAUCUAAACCUAAAACAGUUAAAGACUUUUCUGUUUUAUUUCCAAGAAUUUCACAUGUUUUACGAUUGCAUGCAACUGAUUUAAUUUUGAUUGGAUCACGGAAAUCAACUGGUUUUUCUAUGAAAAAUCUUAAAAGUAAUGAAAAUUUGUUAAAAAAUCAAAAUGACUUUUUUGAAAAAAGUUUUAAGGAAAGAUUAGACGAGUUUAAUAUAGAAAAUAAAUUGAAAGAAAGAUACAAUUGGGAUAAAAAAAGAAAACAUUAA